AGAGCUGCUGGCGGAGGACUUGAGGGAUACUGAGGGACAAAGGACGCGUAGCUCUCUCAUUUGCGGCUUGACAGAGCACCAGAACAUGCUCCAGAUGGCACAUUCAACGCUCCAUGACCACGUGACCCUUCCUGCCCAGAACAAUGGAGCACAAUGGCUCCUUUCGCGUGGAUUCUGAGUUCCGAUACACUCUCUUUCCGAUUGUUUACAGUGUCAUCUUUAUAUUGGGGGUGGUUGCCAAUGGCUAUGUGCUGUGGGUCUUUGCUAACUUGUACCCUUCCAAGAAACUAAAUGAGAUAAAGAUCUUCAUGGUGAAUCUCACCGUGGCGGACCUGCUCUUCCUGAUCACUCUCCCGCUGUGGAUUGUCUACUACUACAACGAGGGCAACUGGAUUCUACCCAGCUUCCUGUGCAACGUGGCUGGCUGCCUCUUCUUCAUCAAUACCUACUGCAGUGUGGCCUUUCUGGGUGUCAUCACUUAUAACCGCUACCAGGCAGUAGCCUAUCCCAUCAAGACUGCUCAGGCCACCACCCGCAAGCGUGGCAUCUCUUUGUCCCUGGUCAUUUGGGUAUCCAUUGUGGCUACUGCAUCCUACUUCCUGGCCACAGACUCCACCAACAUAGUGCCCAAUAAGGAUGGCUCAGGCAACAUCACUCGCUGCUUUGAGCACUAUGAGCCAUACAGUGUGCCCAUCCUUGUUGUUCAUGUCUUUAUCGCCUUCUGCUUCUUCCUCGUCUUCUUCCUUAUCUUCUACUGCAACUUGGUCAUCAUCCACACGCUGCUCACGCAGCCCGUGCGGCAACAGCGUAAAGCGGGGGUGAAGCGCAGGGCGUUGUGGAUGGUCUGCACGGUCUUGGCGGUAUUCGUCAUCUGUUUUGUGCCCCAUCACGUGGUCCAGCUGCCCUGGACUCUAGCAGAGUUGGGGUACCAGACCAACUUCCAUCAGGCUAUUAAUGAUGCCCAUCAAAUCACCCUCUGCCUCCUCAGCACCAACUGUGUCUUGGAUCCCGUCAUCUACUGCUUUCUGACCAAGAAGUUCCGAAAGCACCUCAGUGAGAAGUUUUACAGCAUGCGCAGUAGCCGGAAGUGCUCCAGAGCCACGAGUGAUACGUGCACCGAGGUGAUGGUGCCAGCCAACCAGACUCCUAUCGUGUCGCUGAAAAAUUAAUCUCUGCUUAUUAAAGCCAGACCCAGCGCCUUCUCUUCCAUGGACCUCACAGACGGGGCUAGGAGGUGAGAGGGUUCUGACCCUGGUGGACUCAAGUAGGGCAGUUACUUCCUCGCAGAGAGCCGGUUGCUGCAAAAUACAGAACUUGGAUGCUCCUUUUCACUAGUCUUUGGGUCAACGCUAGAGGACUGUGGCUGACGGACUCACCCAGCGCUUCAGAUUGUGACAGACCUUGGGCUAGACCUUGGGGAGAAACGCUAAGCAGCUCAGUUCAUCCAACUGGGGCAGCAACUUAAGGUUUGGUCAGUGACUUCCAGGGGCUACAGGAAGAGGGGAGAGGGGCUGUGAGGAUUCUUCACUGAUUAUGUAGAAGCUCUUUGGGGAAGCAAUUGCGUUUCGGAUGGUGCCUUGGUCCAUCUACAGGUACAAGGUCCUUGUGACCCUUCCUAGAGGAAGUGGUUUGGUGGUAUCUCUUGACUGACCCAAGUACCUGUCCUCAAACAUAACCAGAGGAGAAAACACAGAAGUUGACCAGAAGCUAGGAUGUGAGCGUGUUUGCUGAGGCAGCUGAGUUUUGCCCAGGCCUGAAUAAGUGCUGGAGGAAUGGAAGAGAGGUGGCUACCUCAGGACACUGCACUUUCCACUUCCGGCAGGCAGCUUCUUUCGAAGUCUUCUGGCCA